AUGUCUUCAAGACUACCUUCGAGCGCGAGCCGCUGGACUUGGGCUCUCCCGUUACGGACCCCCAAUCGCCUCACUCGGGCAUCCUUCUCCCGGUUCAUCGCGACUGCUGCUGGUGCAUCCUCUCCCACGGCCACCACAACCCCCUUGAUACGCCGUGCUGCAUCGAUUACCGGUCGCGUCCUCCUCUUUACCACGCUCGGCUUUGCCAUGGCAGCGGCACCAGCCUACAAGUCGGCAGUCGAAGUCCUGUCCCCUCCAAGCGAUGCCGACGCACUGGAAUCAUUUCUUCCGCAGGACGACGAGGCGAAGGCCAAGGAGGACUAUAUUAACUCGCACCCACUUACGGCGGCGCUUCGGGCGGACCCGAACUUGAUCGAGUCGCGCCCUCACAUGAAGAUACCGGCGUCAUGGCGCAAGCAUAACCUGACCGGGGGCACUCUUAUUGGGCCGGGCAAGAUGGUCACGCCGCCAUUUAGCUGGACAGAUAGAGAGGGGAGGAGAUACGUGCAGAUCGCCCACGUGGGAACGGAUCUCUGCGGCCACAUGGGCGUGAUCCACGGGGGAUUCUUGGCUACCAUGCUGGACGAGGGACUGGCAAGGUGUUGCUUUCCCGUCUUACCCUACAAUGUGGGUAUGACGGCCAAGCUCGAGAUCAACUAUAAGGCCCCCGCCAUGGCUGAUCAGUACCUUGUGCUUCGGGCGACAACUAUCAAGGUAGAGGGUAGGAAAGCAUGGGUCGAGGGUCAGAUCGAGACCCUACCGGAAGAUGAAAACCAACAACCAACCGUUCUGGCGACGGCUAGCGCACUUUACGUCUCGCCCAAACAGGCGUCGGGCUGCGGCGGCGACGAGCGGAUUUCGGGGCCGCAAUCGGUACUGCCCCACUAUCACCCCCACCAGUUCGAGGCCGCGACGAGAGAAGUCGGUACAUACGUGGACGGCAAAAAGCCCCGGAGAAGCUUGCUUGACUCGGGCGUCCGUCCCAGAGACAAUGGCUACCCAGCGUCGUACCACCGAAACCUGGGUUGGAAUGUCACUGAACAGCCGCAAAGCAAUAUCACAUGGCACCCGUCGCUCACGCGGCAGGAGCGGAACCAGCUGCGCGGGCAGCGUGGCUUUACCGUGUGGUUCACGGGCCUAUCGGCGUCGGGCAAAUCGACUGUCGCAACCGCUCUUGAGCAGCACCUGCUCCAUAUCGGCCUGGCCGCCUACCGGCUCGACGGAGACAACGUGCGCUUUGGACUGAACAAGGACCUAGGAUUCUCGGAAAAGGACCGCAAUGAGAACAUACGCCGUAUUGCUGAGGUCGCGAAGCUGUUUGCCGACUCUUCUACGAUCGCGUUGACAUCCUUCAUCUCGCCAUACCGCGCAGAUCGACAGAUUGCGCGGGACUUGCAUGCGAAGGUUUCCCAUCCGGGCGACGAACCCCUGCCCUUCAUUGAGGUUUUUGUCGACGUUCCUCUGGAAGUAGCUGAGAAGCGGGACCCCAAGGGACUGUACAAGAAGGCGCGAGCGGGCGAGAUCAAGGACUUCACGGGCAUCUCCGCCCCCUACGAGGCGCCCGAGGCCCCCGAAAUUACAAUUCGGACUGAUCUGUUGAGCGUCGAAGAGUGUGUGCGCAAGAUCGUCGAUUAUUUAGCAGAGAAGGGCUUGAUUACCCAGACUCGGGAGACUAGGUAG